UCAAACAGCCAAUCAAAUUGCACAGCUGCAUCCCCUCCGGCCAAUCACAGCGUAGCACUGAGCUGUCGUCUCCCCAGCCUGCACUGGGGAGUUUAGCAUCUAAAAAGCUAGCCUUCAUAUUUUGAAUGGUAAACUGCGGGUUAUUAUUUCUACCAGCCGAGAUUUAACGAGUCACUUUGCAGGCGUUUGUUGACUAAGUCGAAGAUGCAGUUCAUGCUCUUGUUCAGCCGUCAGGGGAAACUGCGGUUACAGAAGUGGUAUGUCCCUCUGUCUGACAAAGAGAGGAAGAAAAUAUCCAGAGACUUGGUCCAGACUAUAUUGGCCAGGAAGCCCAAGAUGUGCAGCUUCCUAGAGUGGAGGGAUCUCAAGAUUGUGUACAAAAGGUAUGCAAGCCUGUACUUCUGCUGUGCUGUAGAGGAUCAGGAUAAUGAACUGAUCACCCUGGAGAUUAUCCACAGAUAUGUGGAGCUGCUAGACAAGUAUUUUGGCAGUGUCUGUGAGCUGGACAUCAUCUUCAACUUUGAGAAAGCAUACUUUAUCCUGGACGAGUUCUUGUUGGGGGGUGAGGCUCAGGAAACCUCCAAAAAGAAUGUGCUGAAGGCCAUCGAGCAGGCCGACUUGCUGCAAGAGGAGGCCGAGGCGCCACGGAGCGUGUUAGAGGAAAUUGGGUUGACAUAAACCUUCAUUUCUACCCUUUUGACACAUUAUAUCUCUAUUUGUCUGUGUUGCAUCUCCUCCUGUUCAGUGUAUCAGUGUUGUAUGUAUACACCCACCAUAAAUGUGCUGUAUCAUUCUGUACUGGUUUGUAUUAUCCUUUUUGCGUGUGGUUCUUACUGUGGUUUCCCUCAGUAUUUGGCGUUCAUUACUCCCUGGUCUGGAGCUUCACAGUAUUCAGCAAUGUAGCACCAACCGGACAACCCCCCCGUCAAGAUCGUCCCUCAUCACUGCUGGCACUUACAUGUCUUGAGCUCCUUAUGUUGUGGCUUUGUGUACUGCAGCAACUGGUUGUAAUGACAUUUCAAGAAUCCUCACGUAUACGAUGGAUUUUCUGCUGUUAACUUUUUCCAGUUUUUGUUUUCUUUAUCACAGCAUGAUUGGGUUCAAUGUAAGUUCUGGUUGAAGGAUACAUAGAGGAAAUACAUAGAAAGCAGGUAGAACUCUUCUGCUGUUUAUGAAGUCUUCUUUAAAGUGUUUUAGUUCAAUCUUUCUUUACUUAGUCCAGGAAUGCAUUAGUGUUCAUCAUUACCACAACUGAGUUCAUCCAUUAUGCCUUUAUGACAGUACCUAUGAUUACAUCCGAGUUUAAAAAGAAAAAAAAAAA